GUGGCAUGGUAGGUGAUGGCGAGAGGUACAUCUACGAUCUAUGGCCACAACUUGGGGUGAAGAUCUACGGCACACAAUUCGUACCUUACCAAGCCCUGGACAUAAUGCAUUGGGGUGGAGAGGACAUGGAAGAGUAAGGGCACGCAUAAAUUUAGGAAAAGAACCCACGAGUUUGGUUUGUUGGGUUGGUUGGUUGGUUGGUUGGUUGGUUGGUUGGUUGGAUAGUUGUUUUUGCUUGUUGCACACACACACUCACUCACAUACAAAUAACUCAAAUAUAACGACAAAAUAUAAUAAGCUAAGAAAAAGGGGAAAUAGAACAAGAGAAACUACCGGACAAAAGAGGGAAUCUUGCUGCGCGCUGCUGACACUGGGACAGGGUUUCAUGUGAGGGGAGGGGGAGUAGAAAGGAAGAAAAGAAAAGAGUAAUGAUCAAAAGGAACGAGAAAAACCAGGGACAACACAAGCAAUGUUAAGAAUUUGAAACUU